UCACCAUACACCCCUUUACAUCGCCAUAUAUCCCUAUACAACACCAUAUACCCAUAUACAACACCAUAUACCCCUAUACAACACCAUAUACCCAUAUACAACACAAUACACCCCUAUACAUUGCCAUAUACCCCUAUACAACACCAUAUACCCAUAUACAUCACCAUACACCCCUUUACAUCGCCAUAUAUCCCUAUACAACACCAUAUACCCCCAUACAUCACCAUACACCCCUUUACAUCGCCAUAUACCCAUAUACAACACCAUAUACCCAUAUACAACACCAUAUACCCAUAUACAACACCAUAUACCCCUAUACAACACCAUAUACCCAUAUACAACACUAUACACACCCUAUACAACACCAUAUACCCCUAUACAACACCAUAUACCCAUAUACAACACUAUACACCCCUAUACAACACCAUAUACCCCUAUACAACACCAUAUACCCAUAUACAACACCAUAUACCCAUAUACAACACCAUAUACCCCCAUACAUCACCAUACACCCCUUUACAUCGCCAUAUACCCAUAUACAACACCAUAUACCCAUAUACAACACCAUACACCCCUAUACAACACCAUAUACCCCUAUACAACACCAUAUACCCAUAUACAACACCAUAUACCCAUAUACAACACCAUAUACCCCCAUACAUCACCAUACACCCCUGUACAUCGCCAUAUACCCCUAUACAACACCAUAUACCCAUAUACAACACCAUGUACUCCUAUACAUCACCAUACACCCCAGCACAUCACCAUAUACCCAUAUACAACACCAUAUACUCCUUUACAUCACCAUACACCCCUAUACAUCACCAUACACCCCUGUACAUCGCCAUAUACCCCUAUACAACACCAUAUACCCAUAUACAACACCAUGUACUCCUAUACAUCACCAUACACCCCAGCACAUCACCAUAUACCCAUAUACAACACCAUAUACUCCUUUACAUCACCAUACACCCCUAUACAUCACCAUACACCCCUGUACAUCGCCAUAUACCCCUAUACAACACCAUAUACCCAUAUACAACACCAUGUACUCCUAUACAUCACCAUACACCCCAGCACAUCACCAUAUACCCAUAUACAACACCAUAUACUCCUUUACAUCACCAUACACCCCUAUACAUCACCAUACACCCCUGUACAUCGCCAUAUACCCCUAUACAACACCAUAUACCCAUAUACAACACCAUGUACUCCUAUACAUCACCAUACACCCCAGCACAUCACCAUAUACCCAUAUACAACACCAUAUACCCCUAUACAACACCAUAUACCCAUAUACAACACUAUACACACCCUAUACAACACCGUAUACCCCUAUACAACACCAUAUACCCAUAUACAACACUAUACACCCCUAUACAACACCAUAUACCCCUAUACAACACCAUAUACCCAUAUACAACACCAUAUACCCAUAUACAACACCAUAUACCCCCAUACAUCACCAUACACCCCUUUACAUCGCCAUAUACCCAUAUACAACACCAUAUACCCAUAUACAACACCAUACACCCCUAUACAUCACCACACACCCCUAUACAUCGCCAUAUACCCCUAUACAACACUAUAUACCCCUAUACAACACCAUAUACCCAUAUACAACACCAUGUACUCCUAUACAUCACCAUACACCCCAGCACAUCACCAUACAUCCCUAUACAUCACCAUAUAUCCCUAUACAACACCAUACACCCCUAUACAACACCAUAUACCCAUAUACAACACCAUAUACUCCUAUACAUCACCAUACACCCCUAUACAUCACCAUACACCCCUGUACAUCGCCAUAUACCCCUAUACAACACCAUAUACCCAUAUACAACACCAUGUACUCCUAUACAUCACCAUACACCCCAGCACAUCACCAUAUACCCAUAUACAACACCAUAUACUCCUUUACAUCACCAUACACCCCUAUACAUCACCAUACACCCCUGUACAUCGCCAUAUACCCCUAUACAACACCAUAUACCCAUAUACAACACCAUGUACUCCUAUACAUCACCAUACACCCCAGCACAUCACCAUAUACCCAUAUGCAACACCAUACACCCCCAUAAAUCACCAUACACCCCUUUACAUCGCCAUAUACCCGUAUACAACACUAUAUACUCAUAUACAUCCCCAUACACCCCUAUACAUUCCCAUACACCCCUAUACAUCACCAUACACCCCUAUACAACACCAUACAUCCCUAUACAUCCCCAU